AUGAUAUCCAAUCAGAGUUUUUAAUGAAUGGAUACCCUUAUUGAGCUGUUGGACAUUUUGUAAAAAUUAGUAUUUAUCAUAUAGAAUUAGUAUGGUUUUCUUUUCCUAUCUAAAAUCAACUUGCUGAACAACUUUAAAUUAAUUUUGUAAUUAUUUUAUCAUAAAUUGUCUUUAAAACUAUUGUUUAUUCUACAACAAAAGUAUAUUUAUCUUAGAUUAAAAGUCUUUCUUCUAAUUAGAAAAGUUACGCCUAAUUAUCAUUAGUUUAUUAGCCUUUUUUUAUUGCAUUCAGCUUAGAAAACUUAAUUAUAUUGUUUUGGAUUUAAUUUAUUUCAACCAUUUAUUUGACUCUCAUACUUAUUAAGAAUGUAAUCAAUUAAAUAACCACUUAUCUAAAUAUAAGUUGUUUUAAAAUCAAGAAGAAAUAAAAUUGA